AUGCCAGACCCAGCCGAGCCCCCAAACUUUCAUUCCCCAGCCAACAUCUUCCUGCAAAAGGAAGUCUACCGUCUAGGCUCCCAACCCGGACUCCGCUCCCUCCCUCCCAGUCCCGAACGCGACUUCAUCACCUUAACCUGGGGCCCUGUGAUCUACCGCACUACAUAUGCCCCAGAAUCUCAGCGCCUCAUCUUACUUUACCUACGCGGCCUGAACGAGGCAAUCCGUAAAUCACUCCCGCGUGUUUUAGAAGGGAGUCCCGAGCAGCUCGCACGGCUUGAACAAUGUUACUCGUCUAAGGUGUUUAGUUCGCAGGAGACAUUGCAUGGGGUUGAUGAGGGGUUUGUCCGGGAGGCAUUUCAUGAUUGGAAGGUUGCACUGUCUGUACCGGCUAUUGAGCUGCCCGUACGGUUGAGGGUGUGUAUGCUGAUCGACGAUGCGAUGUUGGCGGCGAUGACGGGGAUAGUGGAUGAAGCGUCGAGGGAGGCUGAGGAUGCGGAUAUGUCACGGUGUCCUAUAAGGGUCAUUGAGGAAAAUUUUCCGGAUGUCAAUCAUCCUGAGUCUGUGUCGGCUGCCGAGGAUGAGCCCUAUUCCGGAUCUACGACGGUGGUGCUGGGGGCACUGGUUGAGAUGUAUGAUGGGAUGAGGCAGGGAAAAAGUCUGGCGGACUACCAUAAACAGGGACGUGUCUAUCUGGGUGAUGGGAUGUGGACAUGA